ACUUCAGGAAGUGCCCAAUACUUGCUCAAUGGCCUCAGAAAAUGGUGAAAAGUUAGAUCUUAGUUUCAAUGCUGUUCCUGAUCCCAAGCCCAACAAGGAGUGGGUCCUUUUGUCCCUUAGGGUGAUCUCAUUUUUGGCCACAGCAUCUGCUACACUUCUUAUGGCACUUAACAAACAAACCAAAAAUUUGGUAGUUGCCACCAUUGGAACCACCCCAGUAACAAUUCCCCUUACUGCCAAGUUUAACCACACUCCUGCUUUUAUAUUCUUCGUGAUAGUGAAUGGAAUUGCCAGUGUCUAUAGCUUGAUGGUGAUAGCAGUGGAUAUAUUAGGACCCCAAUAUGAUUACAAAGGACUUCGCCUUGGACUCAUUGCAAUAUUAGACGUGAUGAUUAUGGCUCUGGCAGCAACGGGAGAUGGUGCAGCAACAUUCAUGGCAGAGUUAGGAAGGAAUGGUAAUUCACAUGCAAGAUGGGAGAAGAUAUGUGACAAAUUCGAAGCAUACUGCAACCGAGGUGGUGGUGCCCUCGUUGCAUCUUUCAUUGGCAUCAUUCUCCUCCUCGUUGUUACUGUCAUGUCCAUCACCAAGCUGCUCAAGCUAAACCGCAUUUAGCAUCUGCAUGCUUACACUUAAUGCAUCAUAUUCUGCUUUCUAUAUGCACCUGUGUUUAGUGCAGUGUGAUACAUUAUGUCAUGUACUUUUAUUAUCUUUAUAUUGCCUCAUCUUUUUUAAAAUGCUCUUAGUUUUGCUCCCCUCUCACAACAGUAAUAUUAUAGAUUAGAUAAAGUAUCUACUUUUGAAAAAGAGAUACAUGCCCAAAAAAUGUGAAAGAUGUAAUAUUGAAGAGAGAAAGGUUCGAUGAGACUAUUAAAAGAAUAUAGAUGUUUUAUGAAGAGAAAAUAAAGUUCACAUAGAAAAAAUAUAAUUCAAAAUG